AUGUUCAAAAACACGUUCCAGAGCGGCUUCCUCUCCAUCCUCUACAGCAUCGGCAGCAAGCCUCUGCAGAUCUGGGACAAAAAGGUACGAAAUGGUCACAUCAAAAGAAUCACUGAUAACGAUAUCCAGUCCCUGGUACUGGAAAUCGAAGGGACAAAUGUCAGCACCACAUAUAUCACGUGUCCUGCAGACCCAAAGAAGACGCUGGGGAUUAAACUUCCCUUCCUCGUCAUGAUUAUCAAAAACCUGAAGAAGUAUUUCACCUUUGAAGUACAGGUACUAGAUGACAAGAACGUGCGUCGGCGGUUUCGGGCAAGUAACUACCAGAGCACCACCCGGGUCAAGCCCUUCAUCUGCACCAUGCCCAUGAGGCUGGAUGAUGGCUGGAACCAGAUUCAGUUCAACCUGUCCGACUUUACCCGGCGGGCGUACGGCACAAAUUACAUUGAGACUCUACGAGUGCAGAUCCAUGCAAACUGUCGUAUCCGACGGGUUUACUUCUCAGAUAGACUCUACUCAGAAGACGAACUGCCAGCAGAGUUCAAACUCUAUCUCCCAGUUCAGAACAAGGCAAAGCAAUAACUGGAAUGCAACUCAAGGGAUGAACCCUAGACGUGACUCU